GUUGUUUAAUUGUUUAAGUAAAUUGCAUUGAUAAUUUAGUAUGGGUGUCGUAUAUAUAUAAAACUUACUAAAACUAAACAUGAACUAUUUGCUAAAGUUAAGAAAUAUUUAUACUCUAAAGAACACGCUAAACUCAAAAAACGCGAAUAUAUUUAUAGCAUGUAUCUACAAUGAUUUUCAAUUUCAAGUGCAUUUGGUGGCCUAUUCAUAAUUUAGUGUGGGUGUCGCAUGUAUAAAUAUUACUCAUAAUGAACAAUUUGCUAAAGUUAAGAAAUAUUUAAACUUUAAGGAAGACUCAAAAGAAACCAAAUAUACGUAUUGAUAACAAAGGUUUUGGGUGUCGCUAAAAGUAAAACUGAUUACAAGUGCAUUCGGUACGCUGAUAAAAUCGUGAUACUUAUUUUGUUAUUGUUAUGUGUGUAGUUUUCAAAAUUUCGCAAGUGUAAAUAAACUAAAAAGUGUUUAAAUAAGUGAAUAAUUAAUUCAAAACAGUUUAAAUAAAACUAUAUGUUAUUUUACAUGUUAGCAGCUUCACAUUUUAGAAGUUCUGCGCUGGAUAUCUUCAGUACGUUCUCGUGUAAUACUCCAACAGUAAUGUGCAAUCAUAAGCUCAUCCCAGCGACCUGGUUGGAUUGUCCAAAUAGUGUACUUCUAUGCUUAUGAUUUUAGAGGUUUGGUACUAACUAUCCAAGGCCAGUCUUUCUUGAUCCAGUGGUCUUGCUUUGCUCUACUGUACCACGGAAAUUUAGUGUACCCAUGUUGUCCAGUUUUAAAACGCCAUUUGGAGCUCCGAAUACUUUAAUAAUAAUUAUUUUUAAAAGCAAAUACAGUGGAACUUUCAUAACUCGAAGAUCUCCAUAAUUCGAACUUUUGAACGGGCAAUAGCGUUAAGAAAUCAAAUUUCAUACAAAUUUCCUUCCAUAAAUCAAACUUUUGGACAAGGACAAAGUAAACAAGUAGACAGCAGCAAAAUAUUUCAACAAUGGAUAUACGAACUACCUGCUGACCAUGCUGUGCAAUAAAAAGUUUUACUAUAAAAGGACCGAGCACUUUGCCACCUAGCAUCAUUCCUUCAGAUCAUAACACAGCAGGAAUAACUCUCAAAAUUAACAGAGCAAAAAAAAUUAAAAAUGUACCACGAUACUAAAUCAGGCACCAUCUCAUAUACGGUCAACGGAUUCUCGCCAAAAUGUGACCACUUGCCACAGCCAACAGCUUCGACGUAUUUUCGACCAUGGAACGCACAGGAAAACGAAACUACAACAGCCACAACAUCAACCGACUCGAUGGUAGAUCAGGUGACUCAUCAAAAGAAGCAUACAGAAUAUGUAGCACAUAAGAUGGAAGACAUGGUAGAUAAACCGACGUGCUCUAAUAACAUCACGAGUAUACCAUCAACGACGACCAUUCCACCCUCAAGUAUGGCAGCAAUUCAACAAUCUAUGGCGAAUGCUAUGCCACCAUUACUACCAAUACCGGUAUCGCCAUAUGGCGAUACAAUGACUAGGGAUAUGAUGGCGUACUAUACUCAACCGUUUUUUAUGGACGCCGCUGGAAAUUAUCUACCAUAUCCAACACAUUAUAACCCCGCUUAUCCAUAUUUGUAUAAUAUGGCAUACCAACAACAUCGACAGGCAGCACAGCUUUUACCAGCACCACCAGGAUAUGCACAUCAUGCAGUUCACUCACUACCUUACGCACCCUUACCAAGAAACCCAGUAGCAGAUCACUACUACCUUCCAAAUAUGGCAACGAGUUGGUCCAACGUACCCUACAGCAAUAACAUGGCAACACCAUAUCUAAAGCAACCAUCAUCAACGCACGUUUAUGCAGCUGCGAUGCAACAAAAUAUGUCUGCGAGAAUAAAACAAGGUCCCUCGUCAGCACCAUUACCAACAAGCGUGCAUUAUACCACCGAUAAACCCAGUACAGCAGGUCUGUCGAGGUCGCAGAGCUGCUCUACAAAAGUAUUACCCAGAAAUGACAGCGCCUCUCGGAAAUCGCAGGCGACUCAGCAAAGUGUAGUUACCACAACGCCAUGUCCAGAGGUACAAACUCCCUCAACAUCAGCUCAAGUCGCCAAUGGACGCAAAAAAGUCACUAAAACUCAUCGAACUAUAGAAGUCACCAAGCCAGUUGUGCCACCUAAGACUCCAGCAGUGCUGCCGACCUCGACAAAAACAAAUGUGAAUUCUAUAGUGACAGACCUUCCGAACCAAUUGCAAGAGGAAAAGCACUCGAGUUCCCGUACUACUAAGCGGAAAUGUAUUGAUGAUAUACAGGAAGAAGAUGCAUCUGACAAGAAAUUGAAACUAAUGUGCACUGCAUUUAAACUCGAUAACAUUUUACCAUAUCGUCCGAAUAUGGCACGCAAUCGUCCGAAAAAGGAUGAAUCUGAAGCGAAGCAGAUUGCACGUGAACAAAACACCAUCGCAUGCCGCAAGUAUCGACGUAUGCGUAGGAUUGCUAAAAUAAUGGAGCAGAAAUUGAUUGAAGCAGAAUCAGCAAGUGAAUUUGCAAAUAUUCUAUAAUAAGACAUUUGGAAUAGAAAACUUUCUGAAAUUGUAAUAUAUGUAUAUGUAAAUAGAAAGAACACUGAUAGUUUUUUGUAAAUAUUUUUAUUAUAAUAGACUGUUGAUUUUGUUAAGUAUUUUUAAGACAACGGAAAUAAUACAAAUUAAUAACUCAUGGAAACAGAAUUUAAUGUUUUUGUUUUUAUUUUAUUUUAAAUCCAAAAUUAUAAUAGUCAAAAUAUUCGUUAAAAUUUUCUGGCUGUUUCUUGGGCGCCUGAAAACCUAAUCCUCGAUCCCUUAAGAUUCUGAUGUUGAAUUCUUUUGGUAAUACACAAGAAGAAAAUAAUGUGAAAACUUUAAGAGUAUGACGUAAUGGUGGGAAAACAGAUGAAAAUAUAAAUAAUCUCGAAUGUUUUAAAAGUGUAUAGAUUUGAAGUAACCGUAAAUAAAAUAGAGUUGCCAAUUAUUUAUAUAUAUAUGUAUAUAUUUAUUUUGUCAAAGCGUUUUAUGUAAAUGUGUGAAUAUUUCAAAAUAUUUUAGAUACCGGAUAUUUUAUUACUUUACCAUAUAUAAUUCGGAAUGAAAACUAUCGAAAUUCAGUUCAUAAUUUUAUAGUUACCAAAUUAAAGUGGUACAACUGCCAUCAUCAAUGCAACCAAGCUUUGUUUUACACAUUUUAGGCCAGUUUUACUAUUGUGAAUGGUUUAAAUGGCAGUACAAAUCUUAUUUCUUAACAUGAAAUAAAUUUUGUUCUGCAAAAACCGAGCUAUUUUCAUUAAUUUUUUACAUAUAAAAAAUUAAAUAUCUAGUUCAAACUUUUUAAUGUCUUAAACUGAAAUUUUCGAACUAAAAUAUUAAAAACUCCAUUAUUGUGACCUCAUUUCCAGUGAGCGCUCAAAGAAAGAUGCUUCCACGUAGAUAGUGAAAAUAAUGGUUUAGUUAAUAGUUUAAACCAGUACUUAGGCGAAGGAAGAAAAGAAAUUCGUCUAAAAUUUCAUCUAGAUCGGUAGAGUAGUUCACGAUAAAUCUUUGCAAUCGUUUUUAAGUUUUGAGGAAAACGUGUUUAAAGUUUAGAGUGACAGUACCGCUACACUGGAGUUCGCAACUUCUUCAGACUGUAUCUCCACAACUAUUGCUCGGAUCGACAAUUUUAGAAAAGUAUUCUAGUAUUCUAGAGUUGUUGUAGAAUUUAAUAAGACAAUAAAAAAUUAUUUCUUGAAACCGUGAAUCCCAUGGAACCCCAUAAAGUGGUAUAACAAGCAGGUUUUUUAAAUACAACCAAAUUUAUACCAGUUUUACCAUUGUGAAUGUGUCGAAUGACAAAUAACUGUAUGAAGUGAAAACAAAAAUAUUUUUUAUUUGAAUUUAAAAUCUUAAAACUUGUAAUUGUAAACAUUAUAUAUAAUUACUAAAGAAAAUAGGAAGGUGGGCAUAAUGUCUGACCACGAACGUAGACCUAGAAUGUUAAAGAAAAUAUAUUGAACAUAUUAUUAGAAGCAAUUUCGUGCAUUAUAAACAAUCUGCUUAUAUGAUUUCAAUAUUUAAAUUUUAUUUAUAUUUUCAUUUGAUUUCUACCCCGUUACGCAAUAAUCUUAAUAUUUUCAUAUAAUUUUCUUCUUGUGUAUCACCGUCAGAAUUAAGCACCUAGAUAUAAGGUGAUCGAGGACGUAGUUCUCCGAUGCCCCAGAAACAACCACAAAAAUUCAACAAUAAAUUAAAUAAAAUUGGGAUGGGAUCAAUCGAGGAUGUAGUUCUCCGAUGCCCCAGAAACAACCACAAAAAUUCAACAAUAAAUUAAAUAAAAUUGGGAUUUAAAAAAAAAAAAAACAAAAUCAAAUUCUGUUUCAUUUAGUUAUUAAUUUGUAUUAUUUUCGUCGUCAGAAAAAUACUUAACAAAAUCAACAUAACAACUAUAGGUAUCUAAAAUAUUUUGAAAAUUUGUAGAUUUAAAGUAACUGUACAAUACAAAAUAUACAAGAAAUAAUAAAUUAAUUAUAUGCAUACAUAUAUAAACAAAAAAGUUGCAAAGCUGAUUAAAUUAUUGUGAAAAAAUCUAUAAAAUAGUAUUCAAAGUAACUUUGAUGUAUGUAAAUUAAGGGUUCUGGUGGGUUUCAAAAUAAAAUUUCUUAAAAAAUUGUACAAUCUUAUUAAAUUGUACAAUAUGUUCAAAAUAUUAUCCAAAAAUUUCAAAUCAAUCCGAGUAAAAUUCUAUGAGAUAUACCUUACGGAAGUUCCGAUCAUCUGGCUACGUUAGUUACAAUAUAAAACUUUAAGGGGACCCCACAUUCUCGGUUUCAAAAAUCAAAAAUCGAACGAAAUUACGAAAAACUCUUAAAGAUAUAGCCGAUUUAUGGUGGAAGCGUCAGCCGACGGCGAGAGCGCGCACGCAUGGGUAGGGAUGCAAACGAUGUAUCGAUGUUUUUGAAACAUCGAUGCUUUUUGACGAAAACGAUGUUAGCCAUCGAUGUCUCGAAUCUAAAAACAUCGAUGCAUCGAGGUCACUUUCAACGAUGUUUUAUAUAAAAAUUUGACUUCACACCUUCACACUUUUUCGGGUAUUAACUCGAAACUCUUUAUUUGGAUACGCUUUAUUACAUUGAUUCGAUUUUUGUAAAAUACGGAAAAUUCGUUAAGGGAAUGUGCGCUUGGACAAUACUGCGGUUACUUUUAUGAUUUAUUUAUACAAUUUAAUUCUGGCGUAGGCUACUGCGUUAGAUCAGAGAUUCAAAUUACUGCAUUUUAAAGAUGCUAUGGCUGAAAGAAAUACUUUUUUUUUGUUUCAUA